GUGGAUGUUUUGAGUUUUUUUACCAUAACUAUGUCAAGUUUUGGCACGUAUCCAAACAAAAAGAAAGAAAAGUGUUGGUACAUUACAAUUAUGCCGGUGAACUUUUUAUCAAUUGGCACCUUCUCCCUCAGAAGUACAUGGUGUGAUUGUGGAUUCAAAACCCUCUUGCAUGUGUGACUUACUAAUAGAGAAAAAACAUGUUUCAUUAAAAUUAUGGCUUGCCUUUUACUCCAUGAUCCUCUUAAUCUCUCUUUACAGAAAUAAUGCAGAGGAGGCAUUACAGAAAUUGAAUGGCACAGUAAUUGGCAAACAAACUGUGCGUCUUUCUUGGGGUCGCAAUCCAGCAAAUAAACAGUUUAGAGCAGAUUAUGGCAACCAAUGGAGUGGGGCAUACUAUGGAGGGCAGCUUUAUGAUGGUUAUGGAUAUGCUUUGCCACCACCUCAUGACCCAAGCAUGUAUGCUACACCAUUUGCUGCAUAUGGAGCUUACCCCAUUUAUGGAAACCAACAACAAGUGAGCUGAAGGAACUGCACGAGUAGUUCUAGAAAUUAGACAAUAUCACGCUUAACUGGGCGAAAUUUCUUCAUUUCUCUAUAAGUUGAGUGGUUCUGUAGAAUUCUUAAGAAAAUCCCUCCAAAUGUGGAGUGGAACUGAAUUUUGACAGACUGAACUAAUUUUGUAGGGAUUUGACUAAUGAUUUAUUUACAAA